AUGCAGCGACAAGAGUCCAACUUUAGCGAGGACGUCAAGGCGUACCAACCUCAGAACCCCAAGCGCAAGCAGACCUGGAACACUUCCAAUGCCGCCGAUGCCCACGCAGAGGUCAUGGCCGAGUACUUGGCCGAGUCCGUACCCGAGCCUAGGGAGAUUCACAACUUUCGAACUUACUUGAUCGCCAUUAUCAUGUGUAUGGGAGCCGCCGCUUACGGUUACGACACUGGUUUCUUCGGUGGUACCCUCGCCCUACCCUCGUUCAAGAAAGAGUUUGGUCUCCGGGUUCCCCAGGACCUCACCAAGGCUCAACUGGCUACCAAGAGGGCGGACAUGGUCUCCCUCUUCCAGGCAGGAUCCUUCUUCGGUGCCGGUCUUCAAUUGCCUUUUACUGAGAAAUAUGGGAGGAAGUGGUCCGUCAUCUUUUCGAACAUCAUCUUUAUCGCGAGCGCUUUCGCCCAGACGUUUGCCAACGGUUCGGUCCCCGUCUUCGUCUUUGGUCGUUUCCUAGGAGGUUUCGCCGUCGGUUUCUUGUCCUUGGUCAUUCCCGUCUACCUCGCCGAGUUUUCUCCUCCCUCCAUCCGAGGUCGUCUCGUCGGUUUCUUCGACAUCUUCAUCCAAGUCGGUACCCUCGCUGGAUUCUGGAUUAACUACGCCAUCGAGACCACCAUGGAGUCCAACAGGUUCCAAUGGCAGCUCCCCGUCUUCGUCCAGUUCUUCCCCGCUGCCUUCUUGCUCGUCGGUGCCUUCUUCGUACCCGAGUCGCCUAGGUGGUUGUUGAUGGUCGACAAGCGAGAGCUGGCCAUCAAGAACUUGACCCGAAUCCGAGGAAUCCCCGAGGACCACCCUUACCUCGCUUUCGAGCUCAACGAAGUCACCAAGGGAGUCGAGGCCGAACGAGCUCUUCGAGGAGACUCGGGCAUGCUCAGGAUCGCCAAGGAACUCUUCGUCAUCCACACCCACCGAAAGAGGUUGCUCUUCGGUAUGGCCUUGAUCUUCUUCAAGACCUUUUCCGGUGUCCAGGCGGUCAACUAUUACAGCCCUAUCAUCUUUGAGCAACUCGGAUUCGUCGGCGCCAAGAACUCGUUGUUCGCCACCGGGAUUUACGGGACCGUCAAGUUUGUGUGUACCUUGAUCUUUGGGUUCUUUGUCGUCGACCGGGUUGGACGUCGUAUCCCCUUGAUCGCCGGUUCUAUCGGUCUCUCCUUGUGCUUGUUCUUCCUCGGUGGAUACUUGACCGGUGUCGGCCCCAAGGCGGAAGGUGCUCCUCGAGUCGCCGGUGACUACGUCGCCAUCACCUCGCUCUUCCUCUACGCCGCUUGGUACUGCUUCGGUUGGAACUCGGUCCCCUUGACCUUGAUCUCCGAGAUCUUUGGAGCCCGAUACAGGAUCGUCUCGAUGACCGUCUGUUUGAUGUGGCAGUGGCUCUGCACCUUCUCGAUCGUCCGAAUCAUGCCCAUCGCUUUGAACUCGGUCACCACCAAGACCUACUUCAUCUUCGGUUCCAUCUUCUUCUGCGCCGCGCCUUUCGUCUGGUACUUUAUCCCCGAGACCAAGGGAUUGUCCCUCGAGUACAUCGACCGAUUGUUCGACAGCUCCAAGCGAACCGGUGCUGGGCACGUCAACGAGGACAACAUGCCCACCCUCAACUCUUCCGGUAUGGACGAGGACAAGCCCGUCAUCCAGUACUUGGAGAACGCCGCCGAGCAAAAGUUGGCCCCCGUCAAGGAGUAG